CCGCUCAAGGCUCUGCCGCUCUGAGCCUCAUGUUCAUGUCCUCCUCUCUGUUUCUCUUCUCAAACCUUUCCCUUUUCUCGAAGACAAACUUUCUCCUGAUCUCCUCCCUUGCUCGAGAUCUUCCUUCCCUGGCGGCGACGACUGGGAGAGCUGCGGCCCAGCCCUUUGCCGGCGACGAGCGCAUCCUCCAGGUGUUGGACUGCCAGGUGCCAGGAUGUCCAAUGUGACCGUGUGCGUGCGGUUCAGGCCGCUGAGUCACAAAGAGAGGAAGGCUAAUGGUGACAAUGUCUGCUUCAGGAAACUGGACUCCGAGUCCUUUGUUUUCAAGUAUGAGAGGGAAGAAGAUGUUAUAUUCAGCUUUGACAAGGUGUUCUAUGAAGAUGCACAACAGUCUGAUGUCUACGACUUCCUUGCAGUGCCCAUUGUUUCAGAUGCCAUCAACGGAAUAAAUGGGACUAUAAUUACUUAUGGUCAGACUGGGGCUGGAAAGACAUAUAGCAUGGAGGGACCAAGCAUCUUGCACUGCAAUGAGCAGAAAACUGGACUGGUACAGCGAGUUGUGGAUGAGCUAUUUGUAUGUUUAAGAUCAUCAGCAAGCACAUGGACUGUUAAGUUGUCAAUGGUGGAGAUAUAUUUGGAAAAAGUGAGGGACCUUCUCGAUUUGUCCAAAGACAACCUACAGAUCAAGGAGAGUAAAACCCAAGGGAUAUACAUUUCUGGAUCAACAGAGAUAUCAAUUGUGAACAGUUCGGAUGCAUUAGAGAACCUUUCUCAAGGAAUUGCCAACAGAGCUGUUGGCGAAACACAAAUGAACCUUGCUAGCAGUAGAAGUCACUGCUUAUACAUUUUCUCAGUACAGCACGGAUCUACUUCAGAUGAGAGGGUAAAAGCAGGGAAGAUUAUUCUUGUCGACUUGGCUGGUUCUGAGAAAGUUGAGAAAACUGGUGCUGAAGGACGGGUUCUCGAUGAGGCAAAAACAAUAAACAAAUCCCUCUCAGCUCUAGGAAAUGUCAUCAACGCCCUAACGACUGGUAAACAGAACCAUGUGCCUUUCCGUGACUCAAAGCUUACGCGCAUUCUCCAAGAUGCAUUGGGUGGCAACUCAAGAGCAGCGUUGCUGUGCUGCUGUUCUCCCAGCCCAUCAAAUGCACCAGAGAGUCUGUCUACACUUCGCUUCGGAACCAGGACAAAGCUCAUAAAGGCUUCUCCCAAAUCUAUUCCUGAGGUGGUGGACAAUGCCAAGAAGCCCAUCCUUGGAACCCAUGAUCAAGAUGAUCUGCGUGAUAGGAUACUGAACAAGCUAAGGUUGAGCCUGAAAGAGGAAGAUGUAGACCUCCUGGAGGAACUGUUCCUGCAAGAAGGCAUCAUCUUUGAUCCCAAUUCCAUCACGGACAUCGACUCCGCUUGCCAGGAUACCGCAAGCGAGGAGAUCUCGUUGCUGAUGCAAGCCGUGGAAGAGCUCAAAGGAACCGUGGAAGAGGUAGCGCAGCACCAGUCAUUCAAACCCUCAUCCAUCCUCGCUGCUGUGCUCGCUGAUGAGAACCAGAAGCUCAGGCGUGAGCUUGAAGUCGCGCGGGAGAUCGCCGCUCAGGCCCAGCUUGCUGCCGCUGCUGGAGCAGCAGCAGCCCGGAGCCGUACCCUGCUCGAUUUCGUGCCGGCACCCCUCCUCCGGCCGUUUGGGUUUGUUCCAGACUGAUGGCUAGAGCCGAAUGUCGAAUGCCUGUCCGUGUAUCUCGCUCGACUCAUCGCAUAUGAGAGCUAGCGGACGAACCAUCUCAUACAUCUGGAGCACAAGUCAUGGAACAAUUUAUUGGUGGGGCACUUGCAAAACAGAUCAUGGUAUACUUACUUAGAGGAUCAACCUGUUUGAAAUGUGGCGGGAAAAAAUUUAUUGAUAUGUAUAUCAGAUUUUCUCAUGUGAGAUGCUUUUGCUGGAAAUGCCUGGUUGCCUUUGAGAUUA